AUGCCAUGCAUGGCGCAUCAGGGAAUGGAUGCCUACGAUACUGACCAGAUCGUGAUUCGAUGGAACGGAAAGCAUCCGAUCGAAGUGAAUUCCGAGAUUCGCAUGCCCGAUAUGCGAUUACGGGCAAUACAACACGUCAUACGCAACGAUACCUACUCGUACGUUCCCACAGCUCUGAUCGUUGUUAUUUCAUGGUUUUCGUUUUGGUUGGACGUUGAGGCUGUACCAGGCCGGGCGUCGUAUGUGAAGGCUAUCGAUGUAUGGAUGGGUGCUUGUAUGGCUUUUGUGUUUUCUGCAAUGAUCGAGUUCACGGUUGUGAAUUAUUGUACUCGACGGAAGCAGAGAAAAGUUCGCUCAACUACAAAAAGUCUGAGUGAACAGUACCAAAACGGAUCCACACCUUAUGAGCCCACCAGUGUUGAUGCGACGGGGAACUUUUUACCGAGUAUCAAGCGAAAGGCUAUCGAAGAACGAAUAAGUCGAGUGGAAGAGAACCGGAAAUAUGCACAAUUGAUCGAUCGACGGAGUCGAGUUUACUUCCCUUUGGCAUACAUCUUAUUCAAUUUCAUCUAUUGGGUUUACUACAUCAAAUUCGCCGAAGACACAAUUGAAUAG